UGGCAAGGGAUAUAUGGAUUUCCGGUUUGCGAUAUGCUUUGUGCAACAUAAACACUAGUGAAUGAAAAAUUUCAAUUAUAAAAUUAAAAAUUGUGACUGCUUUUCUUUAUUCCUUUAAUAGGGGAAAUCGUCUCAUAAAGAAGUUCAAAUCUCAUCUCCCCUAUCAAAAUACGCCAAAUGACAUAAAAAGCUUCUGCGCACUAACCAGGAAGUACGAAUGUCAUUUGCUAUGUAACAAACCCAGUCCUUGUUAGUUCCUUGUGAGGUCGGAGGAAAAGGACAUUGCACAUAUAUUGAUUUUCGGUACAAAAACAAAACAAACUAACUAUACACACAACUCAGUGGCACUGGGGGAAUCCUUAGAUUCAUUAGCAUAUUCCAUGUAACUCCCCAUAGUCUUCCCCAAUUAGUUUGUAAAUCAGCACUCGCACAAGAAACCCUCAACUAGACAGAAAAGCUAUUGAAUGCUCAUUGAAUCCUAUCGAGAUUAUAUCGUUGAGUUUGUGAUACAGUGCAGCAAUAUGAAGCGCCAGAAUGUGCGGACGCUUUCAUUGGUGGUGUGUACCUUUACCUAUCUGCUGAUUGGCGCUGCCGUUUUUGAUAGUUUAGAAUCGGAUUUCGAAUCGAAGCGAUGGGACUUCCUGCAGGCAGUCAAGAAUAACUUUAUGAAGAAAUACAAUGUGACCACAGAGGAUUUACGUAUGAUGGAGAUAGUGAUAAUCGAGAACAAGCCGCAUAAAGCAGGCCCCCAGUGGAAGUUUGCUGGGGCAUUUUACUUUGCCACUGUAGUCUUGGCCAUGAUUGGUUAUGGGCAUUCGACGCCAGUUACCAUAGGAGGCAAAGCCUUUUGCAUGGCCUAUGCCAUGGUUGGCAUACCCUUGGGAUUGGUUAUGUUCCAGAGCAUUGGCGAACGUUUGAAUAAAUUCGCAUCGGUCAUUAUACGCAGAGCAAAGCGUUAUAUGCAAUGCAGUCACACGGAGGCCACGGAGAUGAAUCUAAUGUUGGCCACCGGCAUGCUUUCGUCAAUCAUAAUAACCACAGGGGCGGCAGUAUUUUCACGCUAUGAAGGUUGGAGCUAUUUUGAUAGUUUCUAUUAUUGCUUUGUCACACUGACCACCAUUGGGUUCGGUGAUUAUGUGGCUCUACAGAAUGAUCAGGCGCUUAUGAAUAAACCGGGCUAUGUAGCUCUAAGUUUAGUGUUUAUCCUAUUCGGCUUGGCCGUCGUGGCUGCCAGCAUCAAUUUGUUGGUAUUGCGAUUCAUGACCAUGCAAGCUGAGGAUGCUAAACGUGAUGAACAGGAUGCCCAAAACUUGGCAGCAGCCAGCCAACCAGUCACUUUCGAUACCGAGCAUAGCUAUAACAUUCACGGCAAGCUAUUGAAUGGUUCCAACUAUAUGACGGAAUUUGAUGAAACCGCUUCCAUAUGCUCCUGCACAUGUUUGGGCGGUACACGCUGCAUGAAUCAUGAGACCUUUGCCGAUCCGGAUUUUCGUCCAACCGAUAUUAUUGCCAGUACCAUUAGCCUUAAGAGGGCCUCAGUUUGAUAUCAAUCUCUGCCUGAGUUGGCUGAUUGUGAUUGUUAUCGUAGAAUGUCAUCCUCGUCCCAUUGUUAUUUGAAUUGUUGUGCCAAAAAUGAAACCUCCAAAUCAUCGGAAUGCAUUGGUUAUCGCAUUUUAAAAUAUUCUUCCGAUAGUCCUAGUCCCUAUAGUACUCCAUAAGUCUAAAAGAAAACUAAAAAUUAUCUCUCUAUCGCCAGCUCGCUCGCUGUAGAAGAGCAGCAAAACAAACGCCAAAUCUACCCAAUUAGAAUUUGAGCUGUAUAUGUGUUAGUGUAUUCUUCCAUAUACAUUGCAAUAAAGUAAAAAAACUUAACAAGCAA